GAAGCUGCUACUCUUUCGAGUUCGAGCAUUAAAAAAAACAAGCAGGACCGAGGCAAUCUUAAUAUAAUUUAAAAAAUGCCUUUAUUUUAAUGGCAUGUUCAAUGGAACAAAGAUUUCAAAACUCCGGCGCGUUUCGGCAGCAUGGCCUUCGUCAUAGGCCUACAAAGAUACAACGAUGUCUUGUUUUUGAACAAACCAUGUUCCGACCGUUUGUAGCUCCAGUAGAAUAGUCACGCACACGCAUUAGCGAACAGAUGACACCGGGGGAAAAUAGGGGUGUAUUCUAGGAAGGAAAAUGGGAGGGACCUAGAUGCAUUUAAAUAGAAACUUGUUUUCGUUGCAAAACGCUAAUGUUUGGACAAAUGAUUGCACUUUUUGUUGGUACCAACGGCAACAAUCAUUUGUACUCAGCAAAAUUAUCAAAACGUUUGAUAGGCUGUGGUCAGUGCAGGUAGUAAAAUGGAAGAAGUUACAACAUGUAUCCCAGUGGACCCUGCCUCGAAAGGUAAUUCACCAAUUUAUGGCUCCAUCAUAUCUAAAUUACCUGCAGAGGGCGGCUCUUUCAGUCGAGCAAGYAGAUGGAUGUCAGUCGAAAUAGAGGAGAUGGUUGAAAUUCUUAAACUGGCUGGACCAAUGUUCAUCUCCAUGCUGAUGCUCAUGCUAAUCAGUUUUGUUAGCACGGUGUUCUGUGGACACUUAGGCAAAACGGAGCUGGCAGCUGUGACUCUGGCCACUUCGGUGGUCAAUAUUACAGGCAUAUCCAUCGGCACCGGGCUGGCAUCAGCCUUCGACACACUGAUUUCUCAGAUUUUCGGGAGCAACAAUCUGAAGUAUGUGGGUGUGACUGUGCAGAGAGGAAUUCUGAUCCUGCUCCUGUCCUGCUUCCCCUGCUGGGCUCUCCUCAUCAACACAGAGCCCAUCCUACUGGCCAUCCACCAGAGCCCGGAGGUCUCCAGGCUUACUCAACUCUAUGUGAGGAUCUUCAUGCCUGCUCUGCCAGCAUGCUUCAUGUAUCAGCUGCAAGGAAGAUACCUUCAAAACCAGGGUAUCAUAUGGCCCCAGGUGAUAACUGGAGUGGUGGGGAACCUUCUAAAUGRGAUCACCAACUACACCUUCCUCUAUCAACUCAACUUGGGCGUGGCGGGCUCUGCAGCUGCUAACACCAUCUCCCAGUACACCUUGGCUAUAGUCAUCUAUGUGUACAUCCUAUGGAGAGGGCUGCACAAAGCCACCUGGGACGGCUGGUCACGUGACUGCCUGCAGGAGUGGGGGCCUUUCCUCUACCUGGCUGUUCCCAGCAUGCUCAUGAUGUGUCUGGAGUGGUGGACCUAUGAGAUUGGAGUAUUCAUGGCAGGUCUUAUCGGUGAAGCUGAGCUGGGAGCUAUGUCAGCCCUCUACCAGGUGUCCAGCAUCACAUUUAUGUUUCCUCUAGGGUUUGCUGUAGCUGCCAAUGUGAGGAUGGGGAAUGCUCUGGGUGCUGGGAACACAGAGCAGGCCAAGCUGUCUGGCAAGGUCUCCUUCAUCUGUGCAUUCACAGUUUCCCUCGUCAUUGCCAUUAUCCUUGGGUUGACUAAAGACGUGCUAGGAUACAUCUUCACCCAGGAUGAGGACGUUAUUAAAAAGGCAGCUCCGCUUUUACUGUUGUAUGCCUUCCACCAUGUAUUCGAUGCCGUAGCGGUGUUGAUGGGUGGCAUUGUAAGGGGAGCAGGAAAACAGAUGGUUGGUGCUGUGUCCUACCUGGUCGGUUACUACAUUAUAGGCCUGCCCAUUGCAGUGUCUCUCAUGUUUCCCUUCAAAAUGAGCAUAUUKGGAUUUAGGAUCGGGUUCUUCCUAUGUAGCAUCCUACACUCUAUUUUCCUUAUUGUCUACAUGUGUAAACUCAACUGGAAACAAACCACCUACGAAGCACUGGUGAGGGCAGGAGUGCAGAGCAUUAAAGAGAACGCUCCCUGUCUGGAAAAGACUCGGGGCUCGUACCAGACCCUUUUGACCAAUGAGCUGAGUCCGGUGGGUGUGGUUCUGUCUGUCAGGCAUCUGGUUCUUCGGCGUGGCUUGGCUGUGGUCAUCAUGCUGCUCAUCCUCGCCAUUGGAAUCGUCACCAACCAGCUGCUGACUGUUACGCUGCCCGCCAUGCCUGCCCCCCAAGCCCACAUUACCCCUUCUAUUCCCUAAUGCAACAAACACACAACUUGCAUAGACAUACUCACACAAACUUUAAACCUAGUUGGCCUUUAUUAUUUCAACCACAUUUCUUGUGUGCUAUCAGUAACCUGCCAGUAAUAAUGUGCCUUAAUAUAAAACCUGAAACUAAUCCAACAUUAUUGCAAGUUUCAGGGAGAUUUCCACACACGCAAUGUUUUAUAAAGGUUAUUGAUAUCGUUCAGCUUAAUAAUGGUCUUCUUCUACGACAGCUUGGUUAGUCGGCUAUGUUAUGCAUUGGGUCCAUAGACAAGCGUUGGUGUCUGUUUCCACUCUGACUUACUCUUAUUUCUCUCACCAGAUUGUGGCCCUGCUGUGAAGUUAUUGAUUCAUGAAAAUAAAAAAAACAUAAAAUGCACUGUUUGCCUCUGGCAAAAGACCAAACAUCAGCYCUGGUCACUGUGGUCGGUCACCAUUGUCAUGUGAUUGCUUUGAAGAAAUGUGACUGGACCAUACAGUUUGUCCACUUAGUUGUGGGCUGUAGUACAUAUUUGCAGAUUGAGUAAUGUGCAUUUGCAAAAAAAAAUCAUAUAAGCGCCUCAACAUAAAAUUGUUGAGUGCACUGACUGUAAACUGAUUACAUCAGCAAAUGUAAUUUUGAUAAACUUGUUUGCAUUCUUUAACAGAUCUAAAUACACAUUUAUUACUAUGAAUUGUUUCAAAUAUUAAAGUGAUUCUU